AUGCCCGAUUUUGCAAAGUAUUUGAAAGAUUUGCUGACAAAGAAGAGGUCUCUGAAGCAUGACACUAUGAGUGUGACUCACCAUGUUAGUGCAAUAUUAUCUACAAUAAUGGUUCAAAAGAAGGAAGAUCCACGGGCUUUUACUAUUCCAUGUUGUGUCGGUCACCAUGACUUUGCUCGUGCUCUUUGUGAUAAUGGGGAUAGCAUCAAUCUAUUGCCGCUUGCUAUAUACAAGAAAACGGGGUUGGGAAUGCCUAGACCUACUACCAUAAGACUACAAAUGGCUGAUAGAUCUAUUAAGAUGCCGGUUGGAGUUGUAGAUGAUGUACUAAUUCAGGUUAGUGAUUUUCAUCUACCUGCUGACUUUGUGAUUCUUGAUUAUGUUGUUGAUCGAGAUAUUCCUAUUAUUUUGGGGCGACCGCUCCUUGCUAUGGGAAGGGCUUUUAUGGAUUCUGAAAAGAGUGUGAAAUCAAAUUCCGAGUCAAUUAUGAGAAAGUUAUUUUUAGGCUAG